GAACUCGGUUUGAUGAUCAUCUAUAUACAAUGGUCGUUCCCGAGGACGGCCAAUCCGUGUUCGAGCGUGGCGGGGACCGCUGCGGUGCACGAUUGCGGAGUGCUCUCGCCAUUUGUGUCAUUUUGAUCUCUAUUUUUGAAAACUUUUGUUAAGUUACCAGAGAAAAAAUAUACAAAAUGUUGGAGAACCAAACUAAGGACGCUGAGAGUCAAAAAGCGAACGAAGAUCCUCUGACGAGGGCCAUUGGCGCUAUCGGCAAAUGGCAGAUAUGGAUAUGCUUCGUUGUGUUUCUGGUGAAAUUCCCGGUAGCCUGGCACCAAAUGAGCAUCAUCUUCCUAGCGCCGCCGAUGAACUUCACCUGCGCUGCAGAGCAAUCCAACCACUCCAUCUUCGACAAUGUCUGCCAUGCCAACUGCACAGACUAUAAAUAUGAUCGAAGCAUUUUCCAAGAAACCAUAAUUUCUCAAUGGGACCUAGUAUGUGAUAAAGAGUGGUUGAAGAACCUGACACAAACAUUUUUCAUGUUGGGCAUCCUUGUCGGAAAUAUGGUCUUCGGUCACCUAUCUGACAGAUAUGGACGACGAAUGCCUUUCCUGGCUGCUGUAUUCCUGCAGCUAAUAUCUGGUGUGACCACAUCAUAUUCGGUCAACUGGUAUAUGUUCACGACACUGCGAUUCCUAUUGGCCGUUGCCACUGGCGGCACUAUGGUAACCAGCUUUGUCCUGACCAUGGAACUAAUCGGAGCUAAAUACAGGGAAAGCGUUGGGAUCAUUUAUCAAAUACCAUUCAACUUGGGACAUCUAACGUUGCCUCUGUUCGGUUACUACAUCCGUGACUGGCAUCACUUCCAGCUGGCUAUAUCUGUACCAUCAAUUUUAUUCCUGAGCUACUACUUCUUGUUGCCGGAAUCGCCAAGAUGGCUAUUGACUGCGGGUAGAACUGACGAAGCUGUGAAAAUCAUGGAAACAGCUGCCAAAAGGAACGGGCUUCCGGCAGAGAACAUCUCAUCGUCGACGCAGAAGAUGGUUGAUGUCAGCAGCAAGCCGGAGCAGCAUUUGUCGUUCCUGGCACUGUUCCGGACGCCGCGACUGCGCGCGCGCACCCUCGCCAUCUGCUUCAACUGGUUCGUCUGCGGCCUCUGCUUCUUCGGCGUCUCGCAGUACAUCGGUCAUGUUUCCGGCAACAUCUUCACUAACGUUGCCAUUUCCGCUGCUAUACAGGUUCCUGGAACACUGGUCUCAAUUUACGCCAAUAGAGCUCUUGGUCGCAAGAUCACAUUGAUUAGCUCCAACUGCAUCACCGGCAUCAGCUGCCUCCUUAUAAUCGUCAUUCCUCACUCGGGAGCGAGCCACUUGACGCUCGGCUGCGUAGGACUAUGGGGAAUGAGCAUAUCUUUUGCCACUGUAUACUUAUACGCUGGAGAACUGUUCCCAACAGUUGUAAGGAACUCCGGAGUAGGCUUGUCAUCAACAAUAGCUAGAAUAGGAUCCAUGGUUGCUCCUUUCGUAGCAACUUUGUCUCAUGCAAGUCCGUGGCUACCACCUUUGACUUUCGGGAUAGUGCCUCUUAUUGGUGCAGGACUUUGUGUCAUAUUACCUGACACACGCGGUAAGAAGCUGCCUGAUACAUUAGAAGAAGGAGAAGAGAAAAUAUGAAAUAUUAAAAUUACGAUUUGGAGGCUAGUUUAUUUGUAAUUUAAAUGUAUAUUAUUUAAAGUAUUCAUUGUGUUCCUGUAUACGCUAAAAUACAAAAUAAAUGAUAUUAAUUAGGCAGAGCUAGAUAGAAGUGAAUGUUUUAACUCGAAUUUACCAGUGACAUAGCAUUGAAAGGGCAGCUCGUUCCGGCCCCGCGGCCAGGCUGUUGUGAGAUUCAGAGAGACCAUUGUUAUACCUACUAUUUUUACGUGCCUACUUUAUUAUUAGAUACGUAUCAAAUGUAUAUAAGUGUAUGAAUGUGUAUAGGCUGUGAUAAAUUAUAAUUAAAUAUAACUUUUAUAUAUACCUA